AAGCUAUAAAAGGCUCCAGGCAGUGCACAGAGAUGCACAGCUAUUUGAGGCUCUCCAGGGAAUCCUCCUGCUCUUUCUGUGACCAUGGGAAAGAGAGUGGCUGUUGUGCUGGCUGGCUGUGGGGUGUACGAUGGCAGUGAGAUCCACGAGUCUUCGGCUGUGUUGGUGCAUCUCAGCAGGGAGGGGGCACAGGCAGAGGUUUUUGCUCCUAAUGUUGACCAGAUGCAUGUGGUAGACCACGUGAAAGGACAGCCAACUCAGGAGAAGCGCAAUGUACUAGUUGAAAGUGCCAGAAUAGCCAGAGGCAACAUCAAGGAUCUGACUAAGCUGGAUGUCAAGGGGUUGGAUGCCUUAAUCAUACCAGGUGGCUUUGGAGUGGCUAAAAACCUGAGUACUUGGGCCACCCAAGGAAAGAACUGCACAGUCUCCAAAGAAGUGGAGGAUGUCCUGAAGGCAUUCCAUGCUGCCAAAAAGCCCAUUGGCCUGUGCUGCAUUUCCCCAGUGCUGGCAGCCAAAAUCUUCCCAGGCUGUGAGCUGACUGUCGGUCAUGACACAGAGUGUGAGAAAUGGCCUUAUGCAAAGACUGCUGAGACCAUGAAGGAACUUGGCUGCAAGCACAUAAACAAACACGUCACUGAAGUUCAUGUGGAUGUGAAGAACAAGUUGGUGACCACCAGUGCCUUCAUGUGCAAUGCCCCCAUUCAUGAGAUCUAUGAUGGUAUUGGAAAAAUGGUCAAAGAAGUGAUCAGACUUGCCUAAAUGCCACAAAGCUAAAUGUCAACAGGCAAACUGCUACUUAGAGCUCUUCCCCACACUGCAACACCGGUGGCUGCUGGGGUGAGAGAACAGGAGCAGUAUAAGAUUGGCAUAUUUUAUCAUGGACAUUUACUGUACUGACCCCAAAUCAGCAGCAAUUCUCUGAUUCUGUAAUGAGUGUCAGUGUCAUAAGCUGACACACAGAUGCCAGAUUUCCACAGGGCUCAAAUGCCAGCAUUAUCUGUGGUUCUGAGUAGCUGGGCAGUUGCCUGGGUCUUUUCAGUUAUGAUUUGGCUGACCUGACAAGCACAUCAUGUGUGAAUGGGAAUUGUUCUGAGAUCUGUUAUAAAUCUAUCUCUCCCUACUUUUCACCAUAUCACAGAAUAGAUGAAUUAGUGGCAAAAGGAAGGAGCACAGUUUUGGUACUGAAUAAAACAGACAUAUUUUACAAAGGCUGAAUUCUGCUUUUAUUUUUUCUUUUACUCUGCGUUAGGAUAUGUUGUUAGUGCUAGUGGCUGGACAGUAAAUGGGGAAAAUAGCACAGAAGGAAGUCAGUAGUAACAACCCCCCCUUGUUUUCCUAGGUUUUCUUAGAACUCAGAUUUGGUAAAAGCAGAAGCAAACCAACAUUAACAGGAAGGUUUAACAAGAAGUUGUUAAAUUCUUUUCUUGUUUUAAGGCAAGACC